GGGUCACGUCGACUUCAGUUAUGAAGUAUCUCGAUCGAUCUCUGCGUGUCAAGGUGUCCUGCUAAUUGUCGAUGCCAAUCAGGGGAUUCAAGCACAGACGAUGGCUAACUUCUACCUAGCAUUUGAAGCUCAGCUGACAAUCAUCCCUGUCAUCAACAAGAUUGAUUUGAAAAAUGCUGAUCCAGAGAGAGUGGAGUCACAGAUUGAAAAGGUGUUUGAUAUCCCACGUGAGGAGUGCAUUCGGAUCUCUGCUAAACUCGGAACAAAUGUUGAAAUGGUUCUGCAAGCAGUUGUGAACAGGAUUCCACCGCCCGUGGCGAGCACUAACAAUCCAUUCAAAGCCUUAGUGUUUGACUCCAAUUUCGACCACUACAGAGGUGUGGUGGCUAACAUCGCUGUGUUCGGAGGUCAGGUCGGAAAGGGCGAUAAGAUCGUGUCAACUCAUCUUGGCAAAACCUACGAGGUCAAUGAGCUGGGGCUUCUCCGACCAGAUGAGCACCCAACACAGAAACU